GCCGAAAUUCGGCGGGGUUGGCUUUCCAGUUUGUUGCACAGCAAGCAAUUGCAAUGUGGGACCUGCGUUGGCCUUGGGGACCGUUGUCGCGUGUUUUGGUUAUUAUCUGCCUAGCUACUGAGCACUGACUGGUCAGAGGGCUGCUGCGGCGCCACGCAGCUUACCGUGACCGUAGCUGGCCAAGUGAUGCAGGAGGUACUCAAGGUCGUCAAGGUAAGUCGCGUAGUGAUUGAUGGGCUCACACAGGUGCGGUCUCAGGCGCUCUGCACCACGGCACGGGCACGUUGCGGCCCUUCGCCGUGGUGGCGGCGAUGUGGCGGCGGCGGCGCAGGGCCCGGCGGGGGUGGCUGGCCCUUCAGGCUGCGGCGAUGGCGCAGGGCCUGGCGGCUGCAGCGGCGGCGCAGGGCCUGCGCCCAGCAGUGGCGGCGUGCAUGUGCAUGGCAGAGGGAGCAGGCAAGGCCGCGUGGAGGAGAGCGCGGCGGUUCAUCCCCAACGGCUAGGUGGACGGCUUCUGGGGCCCAGUGCGCACCCGCCUGCUGCAGCAGCUGCAGGCAGCGCUGCCGCUGCAUGUGACUCCCAGCAACGAGCUGCCCGCCGCGGGCCCCAGCCGGGCGGCUGCACCGACCCGCCAGCGGCAAGAUGUCGGCGAUGGCCAGCGCUGGUGGCGGCGGUAGCACGGCCGCGGUGUCGCGGCCCCUGAGCACGGCCGCACGGCUCGGCAUGGACACACGGGCGGUUGAUGGCGGAGCAGCGGAUGCGCCGGUGAAGCCCCGCAAACGCAAGGCCGUUGCCGCUACCAGACAGCCUGUCAGUUCGGAGCUGCCUACGUGACGUACGGCGAGACCCCACGACCGGACGGGACUGCAGUGCGAUGCCUGAUAGCUUUGCAUCCUGCGGGGCGCAAGUCACGAGGCAGCGUAUGCCUUUGCCACUCGUUUGGAACGGGCGUGACCUUUCUUCUUGGGGGCUUCUUUCUCUUGAUGCUGACCGUUGGACCUGGUCCUACAUACGGGGUUGGUCAAGCCUGAUAGCCUGACGCAUUACGAUGAUACGGCAGGUGGGCGUUUAAAAUGAAUGGAAACAUGCAGCGGGAUUAUGAAUGUGCAUAGCUGAUGGUGCCGAUGGGGCUGCCAAUGGUACGGGCCAGUAGUGAGUCACUUGAUGUGGCGCAAGUGUCAUGCGCUGCGUUACAUGUGCAUGCAUGUGCAUCCGGUGACGAUGUGCUGUUCAGGAUGUACGUGGUGGCGGAACACACCGUCAAUAGGAUAGGCAACUUGGUACACGGCGCCAGAGCGCAGAUUGCGCUUGCCGAUGUUACGGUAGAUUACUGUACAUUCAGCGAGGAAGUGUACCCCGUAGCACGAUCUGUCAGGAGUGUCACGCUCAGGUGCGUCGCGUUCACGGAUCCUCGAUUCUCGCAACCGGUGCUGUCGUGCUGGGCAGCCAGGGCUGCUGCCUGCUGGCUUCCAAACCGCCUUGACCUGUCAAUUGCAGGAUGUUUGCGCAGCAUUGCACUUGAACAGCGGCAGUUGCACCCUCUGGCGGUUGAGCUAUUUGAAGUGUUGGCAAGUUUGUGAAGUGGUCUGUGCGGGGCCGGAUGCAUGGACUGCCGUGUGCAUUCGCAAGGCGCUUGGGCUGGCCUAGGGUGUGCAUCAACGGAUUGCGGAGAAGCGCACCACCAGGCCGCCACAUGCUGCAUGGGCAGGGUGUUGAAGCGCCAUGGAGAAAGGUGCU